CGUAAUUUUUUUUACGACAUAAAUGUGACGUAAAUGUCGUAAUUUAGUUGUGUCGGUAAAGGGGAAAAAAAGAAUAGCUUUAAUAGACAUUAUUUUAGGGAUUGAACUACUUUUCCUUUUCAGAAUCUGUCACACAUUUAUAAUAUCACUGGAUAUCAGAGCAUUGUGUUGUUAAUAUUUCAAGGCAAGAUGUCAGGUGACUGUCACAAAGCCAAUGCUAACUAGCUAGCCCUGUUGCUAGGUGAUUUCCUACAUUUUGCACAGAAAGGCUUCUUCUGAAUGAACCGUGUGUAGCUGUCGUUAAGUGUGUUACACUGAAAGCUCUAGUCUUGUAAAAUGUCAGCGCAAAAAGACUGCGAGUUUUUGGUGAAAAGAGCCCGAGAGUUGGUCUCAGAUGACCCGUGUGCAGCGAAAGCCUGGCUAAUAACUGCAAGAACCCUUUACCCUGCAGAUUUCAACAUACAGUAUGAAAUGUACAUCAUUGAACGCAACGCAGAGAGGACAGCUUCUGCAGGGAGGCUGCUUUAUGACAUGUUCCUAAACUUUCCAGAUCAGCCCAUUGUAUGGCGGGAGAUCAGUGUCAUCACUGCUGCCCUGCGUAGUGACGCUCAGGACAAACAUGCUCAGUUUUUACGAGGGCUAUUUGAGACACUUCCUGGUCGUGUGCAGUGUGAGAUGCUACUGAAAGCCACAGAGCAGUGUUUCAACACUUUGGAGAAGGCGGAGAUGCUACUCCUCCUUCUUAAGCGCUUUCCGGAGUCAGUAGUUCAACACGGGGUAAAUUUAGGAGAAACCUUGUUAGAGGCGGAGGCAUCAGAGAAUGUGGAGACUCCGGUUAACUGCUUUAGAAAACUCUUUGUGUGUGAUGUCCUUCCCUUGGUCAUAAACAACAUGGACAUGCGCUUGCCAGCCAGCCUUAUGCAGAAUUAUAUGCUGAAAGCCGCUGAAUUCUAUAUCGGCUAUGUCACCCGUGGACCCUCACCUGAUGUACAGAUACAGGGGUCCCAAGAGGGCAGUUCCCUGAAGUCGCCCACCGUGUCUCGUGGUUCCCAGCGAUAUGUGAUUGAUGGCUUGUCAGAAAAGUCAUCAGUGGUGGCAGAACCUUGGGAGAGGCUGUUGGACAUACUUGCUGUGGUCGGAGCCCGCUGCGAGUGGCAGGGAGACAAGGGACAGAGGAGUUAUGUGGACAUGCUGCAGAGAGUGAAGGAGCUGUGUCGCUACCUGCCUGGUCUCGAAGGAGACACAAGAUCGCGCUGCUGCAGCCAAGUGGUCAUUUGUGCUGCGCUUGUGCUCUUCCGCAGCGCCUUCCUCUACGUCUCAGCUGUACAGCCUGCACUAUUCCAGGGUGUGAAUGCGUUGAGUUCUGGGCCGUGGAUUCUUGUAGAGGAUUUGAGUUCGGUGUAUAAUGACAUGGAAGUGGAAAGAGGAGCAGCUAAACAUGUUCAUAAGAAACGUAAACUGGCUGAUGGAAGGGAGAAGACAAUGAGCUCAGAUGAUGAAGAAGGCUUGGGAAAAGGUCGAGGUCGACACAUUUUAGUGAACAAGACUGAGAUGCCCAGCUGGUCAGAGACUCUAGACAGCUUCCGCACGGCCAGAGAAAGCUGGGACCUUCUUCACUCCCACGACGGCCUGGAAACAGAGUUUAAGAAGAUCUGCGGCACCUGGAAGACGGACAGCUGGCUGUGGUUCAGAAUAUUCCUCACAGACAUGAUCAUAUACCAGGGUCAGUACCGUAAGGCCCUCUCCAGCCUGCACCAGAUGGCUGCAGUGCAGCAGCCUCAGCCUGGGCAGCAAAGCCCCUCCGGUCAGGCCAGCCUGGAGCACCACAGGGCCCUCAUACAGCAGGCCUCCUGCCAUUACGCACUGGGAGAGCACAGGAUGGCCUGCGAGAAACUGCUCGAUGUAGUCAGUGGGCUGGUGCCUCCAAACAAAGAACCAACAAAGAGCCAAGAAGAUCAGGGUAGAGUCAAGACCAAAACAAGGAAAGGUAAUGACUUGAGAUUGCUGCCCUGCACCAGCAAAGCUGUUUUACCUUUCUGCCUCCAGAUGAUGCUUGCCUGCUUCAAGCUCCGUGCCUUCACAGACAGCCGGGACGACCUGUCCCUUGGUCAUGUGGUGGUGCUGCUGCAGCAUGACUGGCCUCAGGGCGAGAUGCUGUUUUUAAAGGCAGUAGAUAAGAUCUGUCAGCAAGGCGGCUUCCAAUAUGAGAAUUUCUUCAACUAUGUCACCAACAUCGACAUGCUGGAGGAGUUUGCAUACCUGCGUACUCCAGAAGGGGGCAGGAUUCAGCUGGAGCUGCUACCGAAUCAGGGGAUGCUCAUCAAGAAUCCUAGUCCCGCCCUGGGGGUGGAGUUAAAUACCCUUCUGCUACAAGGGGUGCAGACGAUGGACAGACACCACACAGUGACUCGAGGAAUCACAAAAGGAGUGAAGGAAGAUUUCCGUCUGGCCAUGGAGAGGCAGGUGUCGAGGUGUGCGGAGAACCUGUUCAGUGUGCUUCAUCGUUUCUGCAUCAACGAGAAAAUCAUCAUCAUCCAGUCUCUGCCUUGACGUCUUGUUUGUGACUUUUGGACCUUUGCCUAGCUGAUGUUUCAGGGACAGUGGAAAUGCAGCUAAACUGACUUUGAUGCUAACAGCUGCUUACAAACACAGGACAUGUUUCUAACUCUCUCUUCAUCAUCAUCAUCCAAACUCGUUACUCGUCUGAAAAAGGUGUCCUUGCCUUCAAAGUUGCCCUCUAACUCAAACGAAUACUCGUGCAGUUUUACUGUAUGUGUGUAGUUUUCUUCUUACGAAACACAUGCUCAACCAUAUAUGGAGUGGUUUAAUCAUUUUGUAACAUUUUGUGGGAGUCGGUGUUGACAAAGAAUUAAGUUCAUUUUUUCAUAUUGUUAGGUCCAGUUUAUUGCUUUUGUUACAAACUUGAUGAAAUUGUUAGUUUAUUCGUUUGUUUCAAUCAAAUAUCCUUCAAAUGAUUUUCAGAAAUCAAGGUUUACAUCAGUAAAAAAAAAUCAGUUCAUGUACAGAUUUUAGUAAGCUCAUAGCUCAAUAAAAAUGCUCAUUUGAUAAAGAA